AUCACACUGAUCGGAGCUGCGGAUAUAAACCCAGCGAGUGUGUGAGUGUGUGUGCGAUUUUCAACAUCAGCGAAGAUGAAGACUCUGACCAUCCUGCUGCUCUCCGCUCUCAUCACCCUGUGUGCAUGCGAAGGUGUGUCUGACACAACAGUUAAUAAACCUGAUUCUCCCAAUGAUGCAGGCGUGUUUGUGGAGAGAGAGGAGGCAUCGUCUGUGGUGAGACAGAAAAGAGCAACAGCAGCUGCAGACCUGUCACUGGCUCAGCUAGAGAGUCUCCGUGAGGUGUGUGAGGCGGACCUGGCCUGUGAGGACAUGAUGGACACGUCCGGAAUCAUCGCCGCCUACACCAAACACUACGGACCAAUCCCCUUCUAGAUGCACACCAAGCCGACCAAUCACCUUUAAGGAUGCUGGAAUGGGCGGGGCCACAGACAGCCGAGAGUAGAUUAGUGCUAAAUCUGACUGUUAUAAAGAUUAGAGUAGAAGUGAGUAGUGUUUUAUACUGAAGUGUGACCUAAAUAAUGACAUCACACUGGCGAUGACAUCAUCAGUCAUGUGUGUCGUUGUGUUAGAGAUGAAGGAGGUUGUAAAGACGUAGUUAUUCUCAUGUUAAUGUGCUUUGUGUAAGAAAUAAAACCGAACAUGAAAAAAAAAAA